UAGUACAUUUACUGGUUGAAACUAGCUUUGGUUAAUUUUCAGGCCAAAAGUUGAAAAUGCAGGGAGGCAGAGACCCUUUUUCCAAUUUUGGUAAUCCUUUUGGUAGUUUCAGUGGUUCUGGUGGAUUCGGAGGUCAGAGGAGUUUAUUAUCAGGCUUUUUUGGAGGCAGAGACCCAUUUGAUGAUCCUUUCUUCACACGCCCCUUUGGAGGCAUGUUUGGAUCGACCCCUUUUGGUCCUAGCGGAGGCCCGUUCAUGGACUCGCACAUGGCUGGAUUUCUGGAACAGCAGCCUUCUGUCCCCUUCCAACAGCCUUCUGUCCCCUUCCAGCAGCCUAGGUCUAGGGGUCCUGUUAUUGAGGAGUUGGACUCUGAUGAUGAGAAAGAGGAAAAGGAUAUUUCGGAAGAGAAGAAACAGAACAUGAGAAAGCAUGCUAGGCCAAGUACUGAUCCUUUUGUUGAAUAUCCAGAUGAUGAAGCAGGAGAGAGAAAGCGUAAGCAAGUGGUAGCCCAGAAUGAUUUCCGGAGAGCAAAUAAUGAACAGCAGCCACAAGUUCGUAGCUUUAGCUUUCAGAGUUCUACCAUGUCUUAUGGUGGUGCAAAUGGCACCUAUUAUAGUUCUUCCAAAACCAGGAGGACAGGAAGUGAUGGACUGACGUUUGAGGAAAGUAAAGAAGCCAAUUCAGCUACUGGGCAAGCAAGUCACAGGGUUUCAAGAGGAAUACAUAAUAAGGGUCAUUCUUUGUCGCGGAAACUCGAUUCAGAUGGUAGGGUGGACACCAUGCAGACAUUGCACAAUCUUAAUGAAAAUGAACUUGAUGGAUUUGAAGAAACCUGGAAAGGAAAAGCUGGAAAUCAGCUGCCUGGCCUGUAUGGGGGUUUUAAUUUACAAGGUGAUACUGGGUCUGGGAGCAGUGUCCAGAAUGGUGCAAAUAGGGGUGGAUGGGCACUUCCUUCCACGGAGAGAGCACAUCAUUCAGGGAAUCUCAGGCCGGGGGUAGGGAAUGCAGCUGGUCCUUCCCAUCCAAUGCCUUCGCGGAGGGCAAAAACAGAUGCUGGGAAUGUGAUUGGUUCUUCUAGGGCCACUAAUGCUAGUAAUAUGGAGAAAGCUAAGAAACGCUGAAUCAUCUGCCGCAAUUUCUUUUUGAUGAUGUUUCCACAAUGUGUAGUCAUGUAUAGCUGCUCUAGUCAUGCAUUUUGCUAUUCUGCUUUCUUUUUAAGAAAGCAGGUGCAUGUAUGCACACCCUUAUCCUUCCCGCAUGCUAGCUACCAUUGAGUACUCGUGCUAGCAGUUUAGUAACGAAUCUUCUAGUAGUUGUAAUGUGGCCGCACCUAUACUGGAUGUGGUAUGAGAGAUUGGUCAGAAAUAUGGAACAUAAUUACCUAAUAUCAGUAGCUUGUGAUUUGGUCGAUGACGCCCAGUUUAAUAUGUUUUGCAGCUUAAUACACGUAGUUAUUUUGCUUCU